ACACUGUAAAAUGGUUUGUUGAUUUUAUAAACUAACCCAACUUUUGUCAUGUCGUGUUGUUUGUAUGGUCCUGUAUUCCUUAGAGACUUAAAUUGUAAAUUAAAACAUGGAUUCAUUGAUUACGAGCAACAGUGAGCAAUACACAAAUAAUGAAUUACAUGAAGAAGGAGCACCUUUAAAAAGCCAGUUCGCCGACUUGUACAAGGCAAACACCUUAAAAACCCUUAGCCAGUCCCAACGUAGAGAAAACCAAUUACAGUUGUUAAAAGAAAGGCGUCAUCAAUCUGUUGAUGAAAAACGAAACCUUACAGAUUUGUUUCACGAUUUCAAGGAAAAUGACCACGAAGAGCAAAUGGAUGUCGUUAUUCCUUGCAAAACAAACUCUAAGAUGCGUUACCGACACUUAAAGAAUAAGUUGAUGUUAUCUGAAUGGUUCUCAGACAUUCCGAACGACUUGGAACUAAAUUGGCUAUUUAAACUGUGUCCAAGUGGGGUACGGAAUUUGGUUAUUGCUUACAGGCACAAAACUAUGGCUUUCAGUAUUGAGGGGAAACGACAGGCAAAGUUUAUAUCACAUUUGCCUGGAGGCGGCCCGCAUAGUACUUUUAACAAAUUUACAGUUCUUGAUUGUGUAUAUAAUGUUGCACAGAAGUGUUAUUAUGUUCUCGAUGUUCUAGCUUGGAAUGGUUUCGUGUUAAAAAAUAGUAAUACAGAAUUGAGAUUCUAUUGGAUAAAAUCAAAGUUAAAUGAAACACCUGAAUUAAAAGAAGCGACACGGGGAAAUCCCUUUACAUUUGUCGAAGUUAAUUUCCUUCCUGCAGAGUUGCCACUACUUGAAGAGAAGCUUUCGCAAGUACAUGAUGAUGAACAAGUUUCUCUCGAUGGGAUCAUAUUUUAUCACAGAGAAGUUACAUAUAUCGAGAACAGAACACCUCUUGUCGGCUGGUUGAAACCUUAUAUGGUUCCUGAAAUGCUCCACAUACCUGUUCAUCCCAGUUUUAUGAAACACAAACCCAGAGACUACAUCUGUUUAGCGCAUUAUUUGCAAGAGAAACACGCAAAGAAAAAACGUCCUAAGUCUUCAGAGCAGAUGGAGCGUUAAUUGUGCACCUCCGAUUUUAAAAUGUUGUGUAAAUGUCGAUUAAUUUUAUUAUUAAAAUAAAAUGCAGUUUAACUGCUAAUAGCUA